AUGAAAGCCACCAUCACUGUGAUGUCAGAGUUCCUGGGUGAUGGUACUGGUAAUCGUGAUGUCGGUGGUGAUACUACUUCCGGAGCCGACUCCUUGAGAGGUGAUGAUACUACAACUCUAGCGACCUAUAUCACCGACUAUCGUUUCGAAAAUGGUCCUCGAUAUUAUGCUUUCCGCGAUGGCGCGUGCUUGGUGAGUUUAUGCUGGGGCCGUCACGAAGUCGAUACCGAUUUAGUCACUAACCCUACUUGGCACCAAUUGGAAAUCCACAGCCUUCAGGAAAUCCUGGAUGUGGGUACUGGUACUGGAGUAUGGGUAAUAGACAUGGCUGAUGAGUAUCCUAGUGCAAGGAGAAUCGGUGUCGACCUAUCACCGAUCCAGCCAUCCUUUAUCCCUCCGAACUGUGGGUUUAAGAUCGAUGACGUUACUCUCCCGUGGACCUUUGCUGGGAAUCAGUUUGAUUUUAUCCAUUUACGUAAACUGUUUGGUUGUAUUGCGGACUGGGACGAAUUCUUUCGGCAAUGUUUGUGUUUCCUCAAGCCCGUUUCGGAUGACGGCAGUCUAGGUCCAGACCAUUUCUACCAAUCAUGGAGCUAUACCUUCCUAGAGGCAGCAAGACUCUGGGGUAAAAACUUCGCAAUUUGGGGAGAAAGCGCCGAUUUAUCUCAUGCUAUUUCCUCUUAUCACCGCUUACCGAGACAGGAAGGGUUUGGGUUACGUUUACUUACAUCCACUCUAAAGUGGCCGGACGACGAAGCUCAGCUGUUCCUGGCAAAAAUGUGCAGAUGUCUUGGAAAUCUCAAAACACAUGCAUAUCUGCCAGUAACCGUUGUUGUAGCACGGAAACCUGACCCUACAGUUGUUGAGGGGUAUUAA